AUGACCUCUCUCGCAAUUGCAGUCAAAGACAGCUAUUAUACGGUGCGUCUCUUUGCUCUCGCACGUCUCCUUACCUCUGAAUCGGCUCCAUCCAAGAAAGAUCGAUAUAAACCAAUGCAGCCCAAGUUUGCUUCUAUCAAGGUGCACCCACUCUCUCCACAUAUCAUUGACACCAACGCCAUCCAAAGGCAAACAUCCGAAACGCCCCAACCCCUCCCUCAGCACCAACCCCAGUCCCCCAUCUCAAGCGCAGCUAAAGACAGCGGUUUCGAAGGCGCACCGAAGGAACGUCACGGUCGCGGCGCGCAUAAAGCUGGUCUGGAUUCUGAAUUUGAGACUUUGGAGAAGAACCUCAAACGUGAACCUCCUCCAGCAGUGGACUGGUGGGACGCAGCUCUACUGCCUAGCAAGAUUUACAAUGAUCUCUUCCUCGGAUUCUCGCAUCUCAAUAUCCUUACCCAGGUAUACGAUGAUGACUAUAAUAUACCACUACAGGAGCAAAAGCAGAUGCGGAAACAGCGCCGUCAAGCUGACCGUGAAGAUAAACGCGAUCGUAUUCGUAUGGGUCUCAUCCCUCUCCUCCCUAACAUCCUUGACCUUAACCUUACUCACUUUUCUCGUCACACAGUCCGUCUAUCGAAUCUCAUGAAAGCACUAACAUCAGACGCAGUCCAAGACCCCACCCACAUCGAAGCUCGCGUCCGCAAAGAAGUCGCAAUGAGAAAGCACUCACGCAAAUAUGAACGCGGAACGAAGAAGAAUAACAAAUCAGAGGAGGAGGAGAAUGGUAUCGUGGGGGCUGUUUUCAAGGGGAAAACGCUCACAGACUCAUCCCAUCGGAUCAAAGUCCGCAAAAACGCCGAACAGCUCCACUCGACGUGCGUCUGCAUCUGCAACCUAGCUUUCAGCAUGGUACACAUUGAAGGCGCUGGCAGACGUAUCGCUUGGACCGCGGCUGCGCAUCCGCGUGGUGGGGAGGACGUUGUUAUCGAUCACGAGGGCGAGGAAGAUGAUGCUCAAAGUGACUCUGGUGCUGGCGGUAGUGGUGGGCGUGCAGGGAAACAACCCGCCAAUUGCGGGAAGAACCGCACGGUCGCUACGCUGCUGCCCACGUUACUUCAGCAUCCAUAUGUAACACUUCAGCAAUCAAACAUGAUCGUUCACCGGGCAACUGGAUUCAGUAAACGAUCUCGUUUAAUUGUUCGCAAGUCCCAGGAAGUAGAAACAGAAGAUCGGAAUUGAGUCCCGUAUCGCUCUCGUGGUUUGUUUAUUCUGCCACACUUGAGGGCAAUUCAGUGUUCCAUAUGUUCCAUCAUCAACUUGGGGGACUUGCGCUGAUGAUACUUGGCGCACCUUCUCACCGCAUCGAAUCCCGGUUCAUUGCAGCAGCCCGCAUCCGCGCCCAGCAUCAUGAUGAUCUGUCCCAUUACUUAGCUCAUACGCUCUACCCAGGCCUUCCACUCCGCGUUCAUCAUUCGAUUGUACACGUGAACCUAGGCAGUCCCCCGGGGCCCCUCCUCCU